GCUUAGAUCGGUUGAUGCUACGUAGGUUGUAUCGGAUAUGACUGAACCAAUUGAUUUAACUGACGAUGGCAGUGAUGCCACCGUCAUUGCAUCGAAGUCAGGGGACGAGGGCACCAAAAGGAAACUUGCAGCCCUUUGUGAAGGCCUUAGCGAUACGCUGCGGGUUGCGGAUGCCCCCGCACGGAAGCGAUUAAGGACUGCAGUCGAUGGAGUCGAGUUCCCGGUUCCCGCACCCAAGAACGAUUUGCCGCAGGGACGUGGAACAGCAGUAGGAGCCUCAGAGUCAUCCAAGCCAGCCGCACCGCAGACCUUGGCCCCGGCUGCAGCAGCAGCCCAGGCAGCUGCUCCUCAAGCAGCGCCUUCCGCUGCACCUCCUGUGGACAACAACUUUCUCGCGCAGCUCCACGCUGAGCGGCUCUCACGCAUGACUGAAGCCAGCAAAGCGGCCCUACGGAGUCCCUGCAAGGCGGAGGCUCCCAAGAGUGACCAGCCGAGCCAUCCGAGCCACCCCAGGCAACCCUUCCCAACUGCUGACGCGAGCACAGCGGCUAGCCGCGUGGGAGCCGCGUCCACGUCCGAGCAACGCGCAGCUGGAGCGCCCUCAGCAGCAUCAAGCCCUGCCAGGACCCUCUCAGUCCUCACGUACAACCUAUGGUUUAACGAGGAAGUGGAGCUGGUCGCACGCAUGCGUGCCGUGGGUGACAUCAUCGAGCGAGAGGGCUUCCCCGACCUGCUGCUAUUCCAGGAGGUGACUCAGAACAUCGCGCUCCUUUUCCGCCAAAGCGCCUGGUUCCGCCGCUACCACUGCUCGCCCGUCCCAGACCAGCCGUACUUCACGCUGCUCCUAGCGCGGCGCGACACCGCCACCCUGCCCGCCAUGCAGCCCUGGAUGAACAAGGACUUCUCCAACUCCCUCAUGGGUCGAGGCAUCCUGUACACGCGGGUAGCGGUGGGCGGACGACCCCUGGUGGUCGGCACCACACACUUGGAGAGUCCCGUGGGUCAGGGGCAGCAGCAGAUGGUGCCGCAGCGGCAGGAGCAGAUGGGUAUCGCUAUCCGGGAGCUAGAGGCGGCGGCGGGGCCAGCAGGGGACGUCUUGCUUGCAGGCGACAUGAACUGGACGGACCACCGCGACGGCGCUGUUCCACUGCCGCCUGGCUGGUGCGACGCCUGGCAGGUCCUCAUGCCCAACCAGCCCGGGCUGACUUGGAAUCCAGCCUGCAACCCCAUGCUCACAAGCCGCUUCAAAGGCUCUCGGUUGGACCGCGUCCUGUGUCGGCUGUCGGGCGGCGCUGGAGGCGGGUCCGCAUCCUCGUCCACGUCAGCCGGUGGGCGCGGCGGUGGUGGGUCCGGCUGGCGGCUGGGGGAAAUCAAGCUGGUGGGCACACAGGCCCUGCCUGGCGUGACGUAUGAGGCCAAGGGCAAGCGUCUGCCGGUGCUUCCGUCCGACCACUUUGGGCUGCUUGUGAAGCUGCUUCCAGCGGAUGCAACACCUGCGGCCGCCGCUUCCGGGCACGUCCUGGGCGCCGCUGCACAAGCACCGUCCUCUGCUGCCACGGCCGUUGCCAUGGAGCGGGGCCGUGGGGGUUCUGCCGCAGGGACCGCGCGAGGCCCCAGCGGCGGUGCUGCCCCUGCUGCGGCAAACGGCAGCAGCAAUGCCGCUAGGGAGUCCGCUGCUGUGCGCAACAGCCAGCAGCGCCCGCAGACGCAACAGAAUCCACCCUUGCGGCGGUUGCCGGCGGCACAGCAGCAGCAGCAGGGGCCGGCGCCGUCGGGAUCCCGGGCCGCGCGCAAGGUCACUGAGGUUGAUCUGUCGACCGAGGACGCGGAUGAUGAUGUCAUUGUGCUGUAGGUUGUUCGCACGGGCUGUAGAUAGAGCGGGGAAGCGAGGCGGGGGCGCAGCUGCAGAGGGUGCCGCAUGUGGGUUAGCUGUAGAGACAGAUACAGAAGCAAUACUGCCUGCAGGUGCGGCUGUCCGAGUGUCCGUACAGUGUGUUAAGCUGGAUGCGUCGUUUGCGUACGAACGAGCGCUGCAGGCGAUGUUGCUUGGCGUGCUCUCGCUUGGCCUCUGAAGACGCGAGGGUGAAGUGGGUGGUCCCCAUUGACGUUGCUGCACGAAUCCGGACUCGUGUCUGCGAGACUGAGGGGUGCUGGAAAUGUACGUGAGGUUCCAGCGGCUAAAAUGCCGGGAACCUACUAUGGAAUGAGGACUCCUUUUAAUAGAUGGAUGCAUUGCACACGGGCGGG